AUGAUCUCUGGGCGAGGGGGCGCUGGUGCGAGAGGCCGCAUCCGUCCGCCUCGUCGAAUUGCCCGGCCCAACGGAUCUGGCGAAGGAGCUGACUUUGAGUCAUGCUGGAACAUGCUUAAAGAAGCUCUACGCGACAUACACAACAAAAGCUGCGGUAGGCUGUCAUUCGAAGAGCUCUACCGAGCAGCUUACAAAAUUGUCCUUAAGAAGAAGGGUGACGCUCUAUACGAGCGUGUAAAGGAGUUUGAGGAGGAAUGGUUUACCGCGAACGUUAUUCCGAAGAUCCAGGUGCUCUUUACCAACAGCCUCAUCAAUGCGGGUGUCGAUAAAGCGGGCGCCGCGUCUGUUAAUGAACGACGCCAAACCGGCGAGAAAUUCCUCAAAGGACUACGUGAUACUUGGGAGGAUCACAACGUUUCGAUGAACAUGACGGCCGAUAUCCUCAUGUAUCUAGAUCGUGGCUAUACCCAACAAGAGUCGCAUAGGGUUUCCAUCUUUUCGACUACAAUCGCCCUCUUCCGAGACAACAUCCUACGCUCCCGCCUCAACAAAGAUUCGCAAAGCUUAGUUGUCGAUAUUGUCAUCGCAGUAAUGCUGGAUCACAUCGAUAUGGAGCGCAAGGGCGACAUUAUCGAUCGAAACCUCAUCCGCAGCUGCAGCCGCAUGCUCAGUAGCCUGUACGAAGCCGAGGACGAGAACGAAUUAACAAAAUUGUACUUGACAUUGUUCGAAACGCGCUUUCUCGAAAACAGCCAAGAGUUUUACGGCCGUGAAUGCCAAGAGCUACUGGAGGUGGCGGAUGCUUGUCGAUGGCUGAGGCAUACAAAGAAACGGCUGGAAGAAGAACGGGAUCGAUGUGGGAUUACGAUCGAACCCGAAACUGAAGCAAAGGUCACCUCUGUGAUUGAUCAACAACUGAUAAUAAAACAUUUGGCUGAAUUUCUGGACAUGGAAGGCAGUGGACUACGAUGGAUGAUUGACAAUGCCAAGUCCGAAGAACUGUCAAUCUUGUACAGCCUCGUCGCAAGGGUUGAUCCUAACAAGACUUCCAUACAGGGCAUCCUGCAGAAACGGGUUGUUGAGUUGGGACUCGAGAUUGAAAAGAAUCUUCAACAGGCGGAAUUUUCUGCGCCAACCGAAGGCAACGAGGGUGCGGGUGAGAAAGGGGAGAAGACAAAGGCGCUUCCAGCCGUUUCUCAACAGACUGCAGCAGCUAUCAAGUGGGUUGACGAUGUUCUGGCCCUUCGAGAUAAAUUCGACACGAUGUGCACGAACUGCUUCGAGUCUGAUUUGCUCAUCCAGACUGCUAUUGAGAAGAGCUUCACCCAAUUCAUAAACCUGUUCCCCAGAUGCUCCGAAUACGUGUCACUUUUCAUCGAUGAGAACAUGAAGAAGGGGGUUCGUGGUAAAUCUGAAGUGGAAAUUGACGUGAUCCUGGACAAGGCAAUCGUUCUUAUCCGCUAUCUCAGAGACAAAGAUCUGUUCCAGACAUAUUACCAGCGCCAUCUCGCCCGCCGACUACUUCAUGCCAAAUCAGAAAGCCACGACGUUGAGAAUCAGCUCAUACUGAAAAUGAGACAAGAUUUCGGCCAGCAGUUCACCGUGAAGCUGGAGGGCAUGUUCCGAGACUUGGUUACCUCGGCAGAGCUUACAACAUCAUACCGCGACCAUGUUCGCACGUCGGGAGAUGGAACCAAGAAGACGGAGCUGGGUAUUAAUGUCUUGACUAUGAACAACUGGCCACAAGACGUGAUGGGUCGCACUGCACAAAUUGGAGAAGGCUCUCGUGUCACUUGCACCUACCCUGCAGAAAUCGAAAGGCUACAAGCCAGCUUUGAACAAUUCUAUCUGUCAUCGAGAAACGGAAGAAAACUCACCUGGAUUGGGACAACGGGCAGUGCUGAUGUGCGAUGCAUAUUCCCGGCGAUUCCAGGAAAGUCUGGCGUCCUGGCGAAGGAAAGACGUUACGAGAUCAAUGUAUCGACGUAUGCUAUGGUUGUCCUGAUGCUCUUUAACCAGCUACCCGACAACGAGCAGCUUUCGUUUGAGGAGAUACAAGCAAAGACUGCAAUUGCGCCGGCUGAUUUAAUGCGAACCUUGACAGCCGUCGCCGUGGCGCCCAAGUCGCGUGUGCUUCUCAAACAUCCGCUCACAAAGUCUAUCAAGUCAUCCGACAAGUUUUCCUUCAAUGCAUCGUUCCAGAGCAAGACGAUGAGGAUCAAGGCCCCAGUCAUCAAUGCCGUCUCCAAGGUCGAAGACGCCUCUGAGAGAGCUACUACAGAAGAAAAGAAUGACAAGAUACGUGGGCACAUUAUUGAUGCUGCUAUUGUACGAAUCAUGAAAUCACGAAAGGAGCUAGGUCACACGCAGCUUGUAAGCGAGGUUUUGUCUCAGUUAGCAGCGCAUUUCAAGCCAGAAGUGCCUCUCAUCAAGCGCCGCAUCGAAAGCUUGAUUGCGCGCGAUUUCCUCGAGCGGCCAGAACAGGAAGACGCACCGGGAUUGUACCGCUACAUGGCAUAG